AUGCUAUGCAAAGAAGAAGAACAACAACCAAAGAUAAAUCCACAAGAAGAAUUUGAUUUAUUACAUCGUGUCGGUUCCGGUACUUAUGGUGAUGUUUAUAAGGCUAAACGACAUUCAACCGGUGAAAUUGCUGCUGUUAAAAUUAUAAAAUUAGAACCGGGUGAUGAUUUUUCAAUUAUACAACAAGAAAUUCGUAUGAUGAAAGAUUGUCGUCAUCCAAAUAUUGUUGCAUUUUUUGGCUCAUAUCUACGUCGUGAUAAACUAUGGAUUUGUAUGGAAUAUUGUGGUGGUGGUUCAUUACAAGAUAUUUAUCAUUGUACAGGUCCAUUAAGUGAAGAACAAAUUGCCUAUGUGAUACGUGAAACAUUAAAAGGAUUACAUUAUCUUCAUUCAGUGGGAAAAAUUCAUCGAGAUGUAAAAGGUGCCAAUAUAUUGUUAACCGAAGGAGGUGAUGUCAAAUUAGCAGAUUUUGGCGUAUCUGCACAGAUUACUGCAACAAUUAGUAAACGUAAAUCAUUUAUCGGUACACCAUAUUGGAUGGCACCGGAAGUUGCUGCAGUCGAACGAAAAGGUGGUUAUAAUCAUCAAUGCGAUAUAUGGGCAAUAGGUAUUACGGCAAUCGAAUUAGCUGAAUUACAACCACCAAUGUUUGAUUUACAUCCAAUGCGUGCAUUAUUUUUAAUGUCUAAAUCAAAUUUUAAACCACCAACAUUAAAAGAUAAAGCACGUUGGUCACAAGAAUUUCAUCAAUUUAAUCGUGGACGUAAAUCAUUAUUAGAAAUUGUUGAUGAAGAAUUACUUAAUCGUGGUCAUUCGGAUUCUUUAACUGCCUAUGAUCAACUUUAUUCAUCACAACAAACUCUUCCAAUCGAUUCGUGUUCAUCGUUAUCAGCAUCGCAUCCACCUUCAAAGAUAUGUUAUCGAAACAAAUUACUUCAACAACAACAGCAUCAUUUGAAUAGUAAUCAAUUUGCAACGAAUUUUAUUCAUCAUCAACAAAAUUAUCGACAACGAAGUGAAUCUUGUUGUCGAGAAUUGUUUUCACAGCAACAACAAAUUGAUGAUUCUUCAAGACAAAGAUAUUUUAAUCUUAAUCAACAACAACAACAACAUCAUUUACAAGCUAAUAAUUAUCCUACGAAUUUAUUUGCAUUAAAAUCAUCAGGAUUUUAUGGUGGUAGUUCAUAUGAUCUGAAUUUUACGGAUACCACAUCAACAAAUAAUGUUGUUGUUGCAAAUAAUUCCAAUAAACAAUCAAUAUUUCGUGGCUGGGAUCGUGAAAAUUUUUUCAAUUCAAUUGGACGUGAUCGUGCUGCUAGGCUUUUAUUUAAAAGUUCACCAAGAUAUCGACAACAACAACAACAACAAAAUUAUUGUUCAUCACAAAUUCUUGAUGAUCCGGAACCUUUGGUUCCAAGACCAUCGUUUGUUUACGGUGGUCAACGUGUUCAUCAACAACAGCAGCAACAACAACAACAACAGUUUACAUCACAGCCAUCACCAUCAUUGAUAAUAAAUCAACAACAACAACAACAAUCAUCUUAUAAUAAUAGUAUAACAACAAAUGAAUUAUAUCGUGAUAUUGUUAAUGUAUUUCCUAAAGGUUCACCAUAUCAUUUAAGAAAAAAUAAUAAUCAUUUCAAUUUAAUAACAACAAAACAAGAAUUAUCACCAAAACAAAGACGUUCAUCAUCAAGAUUUUUAAGUGAUACAAUAGCAACAACAUCAACCAUUUUAGGUAAUUAUAAUACAACCGCAGAGUCAUCAUCAUCAAAUAUGAAUUGUCAACAACAACAAUCAUCAUCAUCAUCAUCAAGACAACGUAGACCAUUAUCAGUAAAUCUUAAUGAUGAAUCUUAUCUGAAUUGGAGUGCCAAUACAAUCGAUGAAAUCCUAUCAAAUGUUUGUAAUGAUAAUCAACGUUUAGUCAAAAAAAUUGUUUCAUCUAGAAUUUCCAUUGAUAAUAAUAAUGAUAAUGAUAAUAAUGAUGGCAAUAAUUUAUUAAAUAAUCAACAACAACGACGACAUUCUAAGCUUCAUAACAAUAAUGAUAAUAAUGAUCAGCAAGAAGAUGAUGAUGAACAAAAUUCGGAUAAUAAUCCACCACCACCACCGGCACCGCCUUUACCCGAAAAUUUUAUCCUGCCCAGUUCAAAUAUGAAUCUUGAUGAUGAUGAUAAUAAUGUUAACAAUGAUGAUGAUGAUGAUUCAUUAUUGUCGAAAAUUCCGCCAGAAGUUCCACCAAGACAACGACGUAAUCGUAAUGGUUUGAAAGCAAAUCAGAAUAAUUUGAUUACAUCAUCAUCAACGACGACGACGACAACAACAACAACAACAUCGAUAUCAUCAAAAUCAUUAAAUAAUAAAUCGAAUCGUCAAUCGAUUUCAAUUAAUAAUCCACAUAAUUAUGUAAAUGGUUUACCACCAACACCAAAAGUACAUAUGGGUGCUUGUUUUUCCAAAGUAUUCAAUGAAUGUCCAUUAAAAAUUCAUUGUGCUGCCAAUUGGGUUCAUCCGGAUACACAUGAUCAACAUAUAUUAUUAGGUUGUGAUGAAGGAAUAUACUGUUUAAAUUUAAAUGAAUUACAUGAUGCAACAUUGGAUCAAUUAUUUCCACGAAGAACAAUUUGGUUAUAUGUUGUUAAAAAUGUUCUGAUGUCAAUAUCGGGAAAAACAUCACAGCUAUAUCGACAUGAUCUUGUACAGCUUUAUUCGAAGAAAAAUCUGAAUUUUGGUUUACCAUCAUCAGUUGAUUCAAUGAUUAAUCGUAUACCGGGGAAAUUUAUGCCAAGAAAAUUUAUGCUUGCAUCACAACGUGUACCCGAUACAAAAGGAUGUCUGAAAUGUUGUGUAGGAAGAAAUUCACAUAAUGGUUAUAAAUAUCUUUGUAGUAUUACACAGAAUUCAAUAUUACUUAUGCAAUGGUAUAACCCGUUGAACAAAUUCAUGCAAUUGAAAACAUUUGAACAUUAUUUUCCGCCAAGUAAACCAUUAUAUUUAUUGGAAAUGUUAAUAUCACCUGAUAUGGAUUAUCCAUUAUUAUGUACCGAUGUAAAAAGAACUAACGAUCCAAAACAAUUUGAUCUUACCAUAAUCAAUUUGAAUCGAAAUUCUAAUGCAAUUUGGUUUGAUCGUGAUCGUACAUUAGAUAAUGAUUGUAGUAGUCAACGAUCAAACUUAGCAUUAGGUGGUGGGGGACAUAGUCUUGAUUUUAAUGAUUUAGAUAUGGAUUCAUUUGGUGAUGGUACUGAAACAAUGGUUCCUAUGAAUCGUUCAAACAAAAAUGCAUUAAAUCCAAUUUGUGUUAAACAAUUAGAUUCCGAUACUAUUCUUAUUGCAUAUGAAAAUUUAGUAAAAUUGGUCGAUUUAAAUGGCCGAUUAAAAUCUAGUCGAGAAAAACCAUCAGAAUUUGAAUUUGAUUUUAAUAUCGAUUCUAUCGUAACAUCAACUGAUUCAGUACUAGCAUUUCAUACAUAUGGUAUGGCUGGCAGAUCAUUUAUUAACAAUGAGAUUGUGCAAGAUAUACAAGAUCCAUCAAGAUGUUUUAAAAUGAUUGGUGCUGAUGAUCAAAUUGUUAUACUUGAAUCUCGACCAUCAAAUUCCAAUACACCUGAUGUACCAUCAAAUUUGUAUAUCUUAACUGGUCAUGAAAAUAGUUAUUGAACACAUUAUCAGAAUAGAUAUAAUCAAAUUAGAAUUUUUUCGUUGUGGUUUUCCAAAUGAAAUUCUUCUUUCAUCAAAAAACAUUUCAUUUGUUUGUGUGUGUGCCUGUUAUAUUUAUAUGUUUGUUAUACUUAAAUCCAUCAUUCAUUCAUUCAUUGAAUCAUUAUCAUCAUUCUUUCGCUCAAUUUCAUGUGGUUAA